AAAAAGAAAACAUUCUUUGAAAGAACUCUGAAUUAUUUUUAAAAGAAAUCAGAAUAAAAUAAUUGAUUAAGAUAACAAGUCAAGUGUGAUUAGAUAAAUUUACGCCAGUGAUAAUUAAAAUAUUAACUUAGUUAAAUAAAUCAUCGACGAUAAGCAGAUAAAGAAUAAAAUUAUUAAGAUGUCAACACAUAUGGAAGUCAUGCAACUUGUGUUGCUUCGAGAAAGUCUACGGAAGCAACUAGACGAAUAUGAAUUAUUAAAGUCAAUAUACUCAAUGCCUGGGGAAUUUCAAACAGAUAACUCAAGACUCUUUGACGAUAUUCAAGAAUUUCUUCGCGGAACUCGUUUAAGCGUUGAUGAAAAAUUAGAUUUUCGUAUAAAAAUUCAAAUGUCAGAAAACGUGAAGGUUGAAUUGAGUGUGAUGUUGGGUCAACUUUAUCCGACACAUGAAUCACCAAUUAUUAUGAUACGAACAGAUUCUUUAAACAAGCACCAAGAGAUGAGAAUUAAGCAAGCAAUUGAAAAUUUCAUUGAGACUGAAGUUGACAAGAGUGAACCUUACAUGUAUCAAGUCAUUCUUUGGCUGCAAGAUAACUUUGAUGAUAUUAUCACUAUUGAAAAUCAAACGACAAAUUCAGUGAAGGAUGAAAAUGAAGCAGAAACAGUACAAAGAGAGUGGAUUUGGUCUCAUCACAUUUACAGCAAAAUAAAGCGUCAAGAUAUUAAUAAAUUAUGUAAGAAUCAUCAGCUUAAUGGCUUCAUGUGGCCUGGAAAGCCUGGAGUCAUUUGCAUUGAAGGUCCAUCGGAAAGUGUUCGAGAGGUUGUCAAAAUCAUCAAGAGUUGGCAAUGGAAGAAACUUAAAAUCAUAAAAACUGAAACAUCGGAUGCAAACGAUUUAAAAUUUCUACGCUUUAAUGGCUUCGAAGAAAUCAUGACGGGGGAAGAUUGCGAUGGUGAAAAUGUUACGAUGGAUAAUGGAAGAUUCUUCAAAUACCUCGAGAAUCAUCAAUCGUCUUAUAUGAAAAUGGAACUUUUUGGAUUUCAAUGAUUUCAUUUCCACGU